AAACCUUAAGCAGUUAAGCCCACCCUUUUCAUAUACAAUUUCUUCUACCUCCAAGCUAAGGCUUCCAACAACUAAUUAUUAGCAUUUCGAUCAAAAGAAAACAAUUCAAAAAGAAAGAAAGAAAUAUAUUGUACGUGUAAAGAUGGAAAAGGUGAUGGAGUUGGGAGCAGAAAGUCCAGUGGUGAUAUUUAGCAAGAGCAGUUGCUGCAUUUCUCACAGCAUCGAAACCCUAAUUCGGGGUUUCGGGGCAAACCCGAGUGUGUACAAGCUAGAUGAGCUCGCGGAGGGAGCCCAGAUGGAGAAGGCAUUGGUAGAAAUGGGGUGCAACCCCAGCGGCGUUCCGGCGGUGUUCAUUGGAAAACACUUUGUCGGCGGUUCUAAUGAGAUCAUGAGCUUGAAUGUUAAGGGUAAGCUCAAAAAGAUGCUUAUAGAUGCCAAUGCUAUUUGGGUCUAGAUCAGAUUACAUCCAUAAUUUUACAAUAUUCCAUAGAUAUUUUGUAAAAUUGUACCUUAUUAUGUUUCAGUUAUAUAUAUUUAUAUAUAUAUAUAGAAGAGUACAAUUUACAAAAUAUAGGCAUUAUUGAAAAUCAUGACAUUGUAAAAUUUUUCUUACUAGUAUAUAUAGGCAUAUAUUGUAGUGCUAUAUAUAAUAUAUGUACGUAUAGUACAUUUACCAUGGUGUAAGCAUGCAGAGCUAGCUAGCUGUACCAUGCAUACACGUCUCAUUCCGCAUGAUUGUAUCUUUAAUCUGUACUGUUUUCUUUUUACUACUGAU